AGGCAGGAUUUGCAGGCUGAGCUCGGCGGCAUGGCUGAGCGUGCUGCUGCGAGGCUGCACCUCGCCGGCCUCUGCUUCUUCCUCCAGCUCCUCACCAUCGUCCUCUUCGCCACUUUUGUCCGGUACAGCCCGGAGAACCCCGACCUCUGCUCCACGGAGCCAAACUGCAGCCAGAGAGACCCCAGCCCGACUUUGGGGUACCCCCGGUUUCGGGAUGCCCACCUCCGAGCUCUCCUCGGCUUCGGCUUCCUACUGGCCUUCCUCAGCCGCUAUGGGGUGGCCAGCGUGGCCGGCAGCCUCCUCAUCGUGGCCUUCACCAUCCAGUGGGCCAUACUGGCUCAGGGGCUCUUUUACUUCUCCACGAACAGCAAGAUAUACGUGGGAGCUCAGAGCAUGGUCAGCGCCGACUUCUGCACCGCAGCCAUCCUCAUCUCCACGGGGGCUGUGCUGGGUAGGGUGAAUCCCCUCCAGAUGCUGCUGAUGGCCCUGCUGGAGGUGCCCCUCUUCGCAUGCAAUGAAUACCUCCUGAGCAGCCUCCUGGGGGUAAGCGACGGUGGAGGCUCCUUGACCAUCCACACUUUUGGUGCUUAUUUUGGCUUGACGGUUUCACGCGUCUUGCACCACCCCCACACGGACAAGAGGAAGGAGCAGCAGGAUGUGGGGCAGCAGUCUGAUGUCUUUGCUGUGGUUGGAACCAUUUGCCUGUGGAUCUUCUGGCCCAGCUUCGCCUCGGCCACCACGACCCAAGACAGCGCCGAGCCCUGGGCAGUGCUCAACCUCUACUUCUCGCUGGCAGCGAGCACCCUGGCCGCCUUCAUCCUCUCACCCAUUCUGUAUGACGAGGGCACGCUGCAGGUGGCCCAGCUCCAGGAUGCCGCCUUGGCCAGCGCAGCCGUGAUGGGGAUGGCAGGGGAGAUGCUGCCCACCCCUUUUGGGGCCCUCACAGCCGGCUUUCUGGCCAGCCAGCUCUCCUUGCUCAGCUCCAGGUUCCUCUCGCCCAUCCUGCGAGCCAGGCUGAAAACCGAGGACACGUGCGGGGUGCACAACGUCCACGGGCUGCCGGGCAUCCUGGGCGCCUUCCUUGGAACCCUGCUGGCGGCGUUGGCCACCGCGGAUGUAUACGGUGACAGGCUGCAGCGCGUCUUCCCGCUGGUGGCCGACGGCAGCCGCACGAGCGCCGAGCAGGCGCAGUGGCAGCUGUGCGGGCUGCUCGUCACCCUGCUGCUGGCUGCCCUCGGGGGCGGCCUCGCGGGAGCCCUCCUGCGAGUGAAGGUGCUGAGGUCUCCCCCCGAGAGGAACGAGCAGGAGAGCAAAGUGCUGCGGGAG